CGAAGGCAAGAAUCCUAAAGCGACAGGCAGCAUUUAACAACUAUGGAAAACCUGCUGAAAUCUGAACUGAAAACCACCGUUUUGAAGCUCUUGGGUGGCUCAAGAGGAGGGUGCAUAUGCCAAGGACAAGCCUACGAAACCGACGGAGGACGAGUGUUUGUUAAAAGCCACAACAAGCCCCAGGCUAGGAUUAUGUUUGAAGGUGAAAUGGCAAGUUUGAGAGAAAUUCAGAAAACCAACACCAUACGAGUUCCCCAGCCAAUUAAAGUGAUGGAUCUUCCUGGAAGUGGAGCCGCAUUUGCUAUGGAGUACAUAAAAAUGAGAAGCCUCAACAAAUACUCAGCAAAACUUGGUGAACAAAUGGCAGAUCUUCACCUUUACAAUAAAGAAAAUGGAGAAAAACUAAGAAAAAAAGAACAAACAAUUGGAGUAGGCCAGAUAGAACCUAAUUAUGUGGAUAAAUUUGGAUUUCAUGAGGUCACCUGCUAUGGCAAUAUAACUCAGAUCAAUGAGUGGCAAAACGACUGGCCUACUUUUUUUAUUCGACACCGCCUCCAAGCCCAAAUGGAUUUAAUAGAAAGGGAUUAUGGAGACAGAAAAGCAAGAGAGUUGUGGGAACAGUUAAAGCCAAAGAUUCCAGAAAUGUUUCGUGGCUUGGAAAUAAUUCCUGCACUUGUUCAUGGUGACCUGUGGUCAGGAAAUGUAGCUGAAGAUGACUAUGGACCAAUUGUCUUUGACCCUUCUUGUUUCUAUGGUCAUUCAGAAUUUGAACUUGCAAUUGCUAUGAUGUUUGGGGGAUUUAAUAGCUCUUUCUUCUCUGCAUAUCACAGCAAAAUCCCUAAGGCUCCAGGUUUUGAGAAACGCAAUGCCCUUUAUAAAUUAUUUAACUAUAUAAACCACUGGAACCAUUUUGGUACAGAAUUUCGGGGACCUUCUCUUAAUGUAAUGCAAAGCCUUUUGAAAUAAUUAUCAUGCAAUAUCAUUCUUAUUAAGUGAUUCCCUGUUUGGUACCUGCUGCUACAAAUGUAAUGCAUCAGAAAUGUUACUUAAAAGACAGAAAGAGUUACAUUGGUGUGAUAUACAUCUGCUUCCUCACAAAUUCUUGUAUUGGCUGUUGGGACUUAUGGAUAAUCAACUGGAAAAAAAACUUGUGGAAGAUCAUUUUCGUGCAUGGGAACUGCAGCAAGAUUACUAUAUGUACAAAGAUGGAAAGUUUCUGAAAUGUCUAUGAUAGGGGAAUGAUUAGUGAAUAUGAUGAAUUUACAGAAAUGGCAAAACUUACUUGUUUGAUUAGGGAGAAGACAAGUACAAUUAUGACUGUCUGGAAACCCUUUAUGGACUUUUUGC